CUGUCUGUCAGUAUCUAGACCUCACUCAUUCGCUACUCACGCCCUCGUGCCCGCUGCACUCAUCAUGAGAUUGAUGCAUCACUUGUCAUAGCACUGCAUCUAGUGCAAACGCCAAAAGCCAUCAUGAGCCAGGAGCAGGGGAUAACUCUCCUCCACCUGCCGCACGAUGCGGGCUACCGCCUCGUCGAGCUGCCACCCGAGCUUGAGUCGUUACUCGAAUCUGACGCCGCCCCGGUUCUCACUCUCGAAUCGUCAGAAUCCGCCGCGGUGCUCAAGACGGCCGACAAAUCAUAUGCGAUGCGGCAGAAGAACACUUCGAACGCUCUAUUUCUGAUUUCGCCGAGCACGCCGUCCUCCAACCCUCAGCCCGGCCUAUCCAUCAUCUCAACCAUACAGGAAACUGUCGAGCUCGACGCCGUUCCUGAGUCGACCGUCAACAGGGGCCCCUUGAAAGAUACGGGUAGCAAGGGCAAGUGGCAUGAGAGAUUUGGAAAAAAUCGCUAGCCUCAAGGACCUUUAUUACGAAUACAAUGCAUCCGAAAGUAACAGCUCCAAUGCAGCCACACAGGAUAAGUGGCAUCUAUAUGUGAUAUUGGGUUUCCUAACAUGCGUCGCGUUGUAUACUGUACUAUUAUUGGUCGUUGGCAGCGUCUGAGUUGACCCAUUUGAUCACUCGUCCUCAUUUUCGUCCUCGGACACGAUCUUCCGUCCCGCUUUUUGCCGACCUCUUGCAGGCUGUCUUCGAGCCGGCGUCUUUGUCUUGCUUUCUUGCUCUUCCUCUGAUGCC